AUGGAGCGUAGCCCGUGGACGUUCGACGCGAUCCUAGCCGUCGCAGCCAAGAUCGGGAGCGGGACUGACCUGCUUAUCCCCACAUUCUACAAGUGCCUCGAGGAGGCACAGGGCAUUGCGUGCUCGUCCCUCUUCGGACCCGUCUUGCCCAGCGGGCACGCGAUACGCAUAGCGCUCGACCUCGGCCUGCACCGUGCGCUCGAGAAGCUUGCAGUUGACAGCGGAAAGAAGUGCUUUGAGGAGGAGGAGCGCAACCUCGUGGUGUCCGCGCGGAUCUGGAUGUGCCUGUACUGGUUCGACCACCAGAUGAGCCUGGGGACCGGACGGCUGAUCGUACUGCGUGACGAGAGCUCGAUCCGCCACUGCCGUGUGCUGCUCUCACACCCAAUGGUGUCGCCCACAGACGUCCGCCUCGUCUCCCAGGUUAAGCUCAGAACACAGAAGACGCAAAUCUACGAGACGUUGUCGCCGCUCGAAGGCCAGGUGAACCGCAACACGCUCUCCUUCAUCCGACGUGCGCAUAGUGCGCUCGAAAAGUGCAUGGAUGAUGAGGCGCUUCCACGCAAGAUCCUCGCGGGCGAGCUGCACCACGCGAAGCUAUGGCUCGUGUGCGUUGCGCUCCGUGGCGUCUUGUGGGACAAGAUGCCGUUCGAGCAGCGCGAGCUUGCGUUCCAGGCCAAGGACGCCGCGUCCAGCUGCCUCUCGAACCUGCUCGACUCGCACACCUACAGGUACGCGCCCCGCGCCCCUGCCCCGCCCUCCGCCGCACUGACCUGGCCCCCCGCGCCCCUCUCGCCUCGCCCGCAGCGGACGAAAAACGCUACGCGGUACACGACUCGCUCGUCAUGGCCGCGUUCUCCGGCCUCUUCCUGUUCAAAAUGGCGAACCUCUUCCCCGCCGAGCUGGACCUCGGCGCAAUAA